AUGCUCCUGAUAUUGGUAUGUCGAUAUUGAUCAAUGUAGGCGAAGAGGGGUUGUUGCACCGUGCACGCCAACGUAACGUAUACUCCUCCCUUUGAAUAUAGUACUCCAAACAUUACUUUUACUGCCGUUUCCUGUAGACAUGCGACUUGUUUUACUGUUUAUUGGUCGGUGCCGAACCCUUUUAACCUAAAAUCGAAUCCACCUAACCCGUGAAGUCAAGUGGGUGGUUUUUAGAGUUAUUUACUACUAGUAGUAGUAAAGUGAGGGAAACUCAUACAAGAUAUCAGCACUAUCAAUAUUCAUAAGAUCAAGUCACGUAUUGGGAGUGAAGUAAACGACCAGGUUGCUUGUUCUGAAGGUUAGAUAUAUAUAGCAUACGUAUGCAGUUGGCUAACCAUUUAUUCCCGUAGCCAUUUGCCUUCUUUACAGCCUUUUUCCAGCCGCGUUCAUGCCUCUCAGUAGCCGACUGCACUGUGUAUAGUGUCGGAUCAGCUCGCAACUCGUUCACCUUCUUUAGAUGAGUUAAGAGCUCGAGCAUUAUCCUCAUUUGCUGAAGCUUAGCUAAGACGUCCAGUUUUGCGUACACCUCAUCCAGGGAACUUGCAUCAUUCCCGUUUCUCUCGGCGUUUUGCACUUCUGCAGCCACAAAACGCCAUAGUGAACAGCACCGUCUUACCAUUACGGUCCAACGCGGCAGGUGUGGUAUCUGCCGAGCCGCUUUCGUCUGUCUGACUUUGAUCUGCUUCUCUCUCGUAAUAAAUUGUCAUCCGUGUAUUCAACCUACCGGCGAUAGUGGUGGUGUCCUAUCCCAUAGCGGUAGGGGGUUUUGGGUUUUCUUUCGGCACACCCUCUUUGGACGCCUGGGGGAGCUCACCCUGCAAUCGACAACUACGUGGGAAAAAAGUGGACGUUAUGGGUAACGGGAGGAGCGUUCAUCCUAUCUUUUGUCCGUCUUGCAGUGUUUGCGCACUACCUCAGUAACUUCACGACAUGUUGCCUCCACAUCUUGUGCAAUAUGUCUCCUUAUGGCCUGCGGAGAUGCCUGCCUCGGCAUAUUUUUAGGUUAAAUGAUUAAAACUUGAAAGAUAUAUAAACAGUAGAAAUUAAAUUAACAGCAAGAGUCACGUUGACAGACUCACGCUUACGCAUCCUAUGACAGCAAAGCGUAAUGGCGUCCUCCGCGCGGCGCACACGCGGCACAAAAUGACCAGCCAGUCAAAGCGAAGAUGCGAGACACCGGUUGGCCACUGGGGACGAACCGACCACAUAUCUGGACAGACGGCGACGAGAGUAUGGUGCGUGGAUAGUCGUUGACCGACAGACGUUAUUAAUUAAUUCAUUGGUUAAUGACGUUUGCUUCAGUUUGACCGAUGUCUCAUCUUGAUAUUUGAUUUUAUCGAGAAAUGUCAUACAGGACGUAAAACGUUCAGGUUUAUUUGUCUCACGACUAGGUCUGCGACGUGAAGGAUAAGCCUUUGGUUGACGUACCUAUAAACAAGAGCGGCCUGCGCUCGGGAUGCUUUAAGAAACUGCUUACUUCUGUAUAUGUACGCAUACUGGAUGGAAAACAAAACUGCCGGAAUGAACACCGAGCAAUUAGCAUAGAUAGGGGAUUUUUAUUUUCUUCCGAACAUAUUUUAAUCGAACAGACAGAUUAGAGUAGAAAAUAAUCAUAUUUUGGUUUAAGUGAAAAGACCGAGGGCAGGGAAGAGUUUGCAUGGCGUAAAAAAGCAUGUAGCAGCAACAUAUGGGCAAAUGCUUCAUGAUCCUUUGUAAUAGGUCCACUUCAGAGUUUGCAUGGCGUAAAAAAGCAUGUAGCAGCAACUUAUGGGCAAAUGCUUCAUGAUCCUUUGUAAUAGGUCCACUUCCAGGCUGAGUAGAAUCGUUUCCUGAGAUGAAACUCGGGGAGGCCAUGUUUUCAGCCAAGGAUUAACGCGCUUCCCAGCAGAAGAUACCCAUCGACAGUUUGCUUCCCUUCGCGGUUUAUAAGAUGUUAAAGACGUAUUUGUUUACUGGUAAACAAUAUUCCUCGUCGUCAGUUGGAAAACACGGAAUUUCUCUGGACCGAACAUUCGUAGUAUGCGUGUUGUCGCCCCUGCCACUACCGCGGUAGUGGCAUUCCGGAUUUGUAAAGACGAGACCGGACUAUCUUAAUCUGCUAAAGUAGCAUUUUAUGUUUCACCGGUGGGGGCCCUGCAUCACAUUUGCUUAUAAUACUGUCCGAUACGAGCACCAUUGCUUCCGCUUGGCUUUCCAUCUGGCAAAAAUCCGUUUUGUAUUCUUAGAGAAUCCAACGACAAUUUUGUCAUAUUCCAUCAGCUGUUGACUUUAAUGAAGGUGGGAACUGAGACAUCUUUGCGUAAGAGCAUGGUUGUUUCGAAAUGUUUUUUUUGCUUUUAAAACUGGUUGAGCAUACUUGACCACUGUUUGCAGGUUUUAGAGGGGUUCCCUACCCAGGUCAGGCGUCGUGUAGAACAUCCAAAACAACUGGAUUGAAGUCGGACUUAGAAAGCAACUGCUGUUGUUUGCUCACAAAAAUGGGGAUAUCCAUGCUCGUGCUGGGGUGGAAAUUCGAUGAAGGCACUCACAUCUUAGCUUACAGUCCACCUGUUCUCCACAGGGACACUAGUCGCUUCUCGCAGUCUGAUUCUUGUAAACAUUUUGAGGCUAGACUCAUGACUCAACUUUUGGGCUUGUCCAAUCUCCUUUUUCAGAGCGGAAGUCAAUAGCUCUUAUACUAAGACUCACUGACAUUGUGUACUGCCAAAUUUUCGAUUAGGUGGAGAGGCAGAAAUACCUGGUGUAGUAGACCUAUUGGUUGUCAUUGGCCGAGUUCUCGUGAGAUUACUACCAUGUUUUGGGUGUUUGGUCUGAAGAAUUUCUUAUGAUUAUCGGACUAAACAUCCGUGGACUUUUUUCAUAUCUUAUCAAGUGAUUUACCUGAGUAAUCUCCUGUAAGCACCUAAGAUUGGGAUUUUUCACGCUGCCACAAGGGACAUUCUUACUACUACUUGAUACCGCUGCGAUCAUGCGUGAUCUAGCCGGCCUCGAUGAUGUCCCGAGCUGUACCUCUCCAUGCAUGACGAUCCGCGGCAGCAGAUCUGGACAGCUCAACCCCACAAGGGACAUGCUUAAUUUUGAUUUCACUGUACUUCUACUCGUCAAUGAAAUUAUUGAUACACACCUCCGAAAGUUGCUCUAGGCAAGAUAGACAGGAUUUAGAUUGCCUAACUCCUAAUCUUUCCGGUCUCCCACGCUCGUUCAUAAUUUUCUUUGGCCUCUUUGCAGGUUGCCGUCAUGUCUGGCGCACACCUCGUUCAGUACAUCCUACUCCGCUCCGACCUGAAGAGCCGUCUUGGCUGGCCUCUCGGCGCUAUUGUAGCUCAGGGUUGUCAUGCCUCAACGGCUGCGCUGCACAGAUUUCGUGAUCACAUGGAAACCAAAGCAUACCUGGAGGAUCUCGAAAACAUGCACAAAGUGGUCUUGGCCAUUGAAGAGUCCGAACUUUCCCUGAUUGCAGAUAAAUUGACAGGGGCCGGAGUAGACUUUGUAACGUGGCGAGAGCAGCCCGAAAACAUACUAACCGCUAUUGCAUUGCGUCCCUAUACCAAGAAGGAGGUCCAGUCCUACUUUAAGGGCCUGCGUCUUCUUAGUUGA